UUAUGAGGCCAGAGCAUCUCAAUCCUUAGUCUAGAUAUUUCCCUCUUCAAGUUUCAUUGCCACGCCUUGGUGAGUGGUGUGGCCUUGGUGUUUUCACCAUGGGGAAUAAUUCCACUUUUCAAAUGGUGCCUCUGAUGCUUCUUAUAUGCUUCUGUUUCACCAGUUCUAUAGCUGUAACUGCUACUGAAGCCUCUACAGGAAUUGAGGUGAACAUUGACAGCAAGACCUCAGAUAAAAAGUUAACAGGCACAGAUAAUGACAAUGAAGAAGCAAAAUUUAAAGCCUUUUUCCCACCAAAAUUUCCAAUUUAUAAGCCCUUGCCAGUGCCAGUGUUUAAGCCUUUCCCAAAGCCUCUACCUAUCCCAGUUUUCAAGAAGCCUAUACCAAAGUGGAUUCCAAUACCAAAGCCAGUUCCUAUCCCAGUUCCAGUGUUUAAGAAGCCAUAUCCAAAAGUGGAAAAGCCAAAGCCAUGUCCAGAAGCCAAAAAACCUACACCUACUCCAGUGGUUAAGAAGCCUACACCAGAGCCAACUCCAAUUGCUAAGCCAAAUCCAAAGCCAUCUCCAAUAGUGAAAAAGCCUCAACCUAAGCCUGAACCAAAACCAGUUCCAAUUGUCAAGCCAAUUCCUAUCCCAGUGUUCAAGCCUAUCCCAAAACCAUUUCCAAUAAUUAAGCCUAUACCCAAGCCAAUUCCUAUCCCAGUCUUUAAGCCUAUCCCAAAGCCAUUUCCAAUAGUGAAAAAGCCUCUACCUUUCCCAGUAAUUAAACCUAUACCCAAGCCAAUUCCUAUCCCAGUCUUUAAGCCUAUCCCAAAGCCAUUUCCAAUAGUGAAAAAGCCUCUACCAAUUCCAAUAAUCAUCCCUGUACCCAAGCCAUUUCCCAUUCCUAAACCAAUUCCUAUUCCAUUCUUCAAGCCCAUCCCAAAGCCAAUUCCAAUAGUGAAAAAGCCUCAACCCAAUCCAGAAACUAAGCCCAAGCCAAAUCCUGCUCCAGUGUCCAAUCCCAUCCCAAAACCAACUCCAAAAGUGAAAAAGCCUCAACCUAUUCCAGUAACUAAGCCUGUUCCCAAGCCAAUUCCAAAUCCAGUAUUCAAACCUAUCCCAAAGCCAUUUCCAAUAGUGAAAAAGCCUCUACCUUUCCCAGUAAUUAAACCUAUACCCAAGCCAAUUCCUAUCCCGGUGUUCAAGCCUAUCCCAAAGCCACUCCCCUUAAUUAAAAAACCUUUACCAAUUCCAAUAAUUAAGCCUGUACCAAAGUUUGUUCCAAUUGUUAAACCAAUUCCUAUCCCAGUAUUCAAGCCUGUUCCAAAACCAUGUCCAAUAGUGAAAAAACCUUUACCUUUUCCAAUGAUUAAACCUAUACCAAAGCCAUUCCCAAUGGUUAAAACGCCUCCACCUGUUCCAGUUUCUAAACCUAUCCCAUAAUCCUUUCCCAUUUUUGUGAUUUAAGAGUGUACCAAAACUAAUUCUGUUUGUUAAGCCUGAGUUUCUUCAAAUAUCCUAUUCAGGAAACCACCUCUGUCAAUUCACAAGCCAAUUCCAGCACCAUAGUAAGAAUCUUCAUUCCAUACACUUCCUUGUGUUAUAAGGUUAUCACUCCAAUUUGAAAGCCCUUUAUUUGGCCACGCCUGUAUCUUAAGACCAAUGUUGUAUGAGUUUGCACACAAUCUAUUGUAUCAAUAUUGGAUAUUGAAUUGAAAUAUGUAUUUAAA